UUUAUUCAAAAUUUCUCUUAUUUGGGAACGGAAUAUCUCUUCUUCCAAACAAUCAAAAUGGUUCAUCAUUAUCUGUCAGUAGAGUCAGAAUUUGGAGAUAUCGAUGACACACGACAGUCGUUGUAUUCGUGCCAGGUAUUCUAGGCAGUCCCUUGGUGGUUGUAGUGGAAGUAGGACUACAAGGGCUAGACCAUCAGUGCGGUUUCAUCGAACCUGUUGCUGUGAGGGUGAUACAAAACGAAGUUCACAUCCACUCUGGCUACAACGGCAAUAGCGACGACAUGGUCAUGAUGAAGGUAAAAGAUUGUGGAGAAAGUAGGACACGUGACUCUGCCCAGCGGAGCUAUCCUAGACGACUUUUCCACCACAUGCAGCAGAGUUAUGUUGAUGAGUUAAGGUCUGACACAACCCAUAUUAGAUGAGCUGUCAAUUUGAAACUCCUAUUAUCAAUUAACAUCAAUGUCGCCAAUUCGUCAUUCUUCAGUCAAUGUCCUUCUCAUCUCAAUUAUCUCCCAACUCACUAUCGAAAUUCCACUUCCUAAUGAAAUAACACUGAACUCGAACAAAAAGAGCCACCAGAGUGUCAUGAAAAACAACUCAGCAAACAUCUCUAAUUCCCAAGAAGAUCUCCGCAUCAUAAAUGGUUUACAGUGUCACGACUACAGCUUCGUAGUCUCCAUACGCCGACCAAUGGCCAAUUACAAUCCCGAAGAUGCCACGAGUACCUCGCAACACAUAUGUGGAGGUUCUCUCAUCCAACCAGAAUGGAUCCUCACUGCAGCCCAUUGUUUCAGGAACAAGUCCUUGGUGGUGAUAGUGGGACUUGAUCAUGAAUACGGUUUUCCCAAACCCGUUGCUGUGAGGGUGAAACGGAACGAAGUUCACAUCCACCCUGACUACAACGGUAAUAGAAACGAUAUUGCUCUGAUGAAACUGAAAGAGUCUGUGGAGAACGUGGGGUACGUCACUCUACCGAGCGGAGCUAUCCUAGAAGACUUUUCCACCAUAUGCAGCAGAGCUCUGGUGAUGGGCUGGGGCUUGACAAGCUACAAGGGGUCCUCAUCGAAGGUUUUGAAUUGUGCCAGAGUGCCCAUUAUCUCCCUGGCUUUGUGUCGUGAUCUGUAUGUUCAUUUGGACUUGGUGGAUACGGAGAUCUGCGCUUUUGACAGUUAUGGGGGAGUGGACGCUUGCAAUGGGGAUUCUGGCGGUCCUUUGUUGUGUAGGAGCGUUCAGUACGGGAUCAUUUCUUGGGGAGUGGGUUGUGGGGUGAGUCCUGGAGUGUACACCCGAGUAGAUCGUUAUCUGGAGUUCAUAGAUCAAGUGCUGGGAGUUAGUUCGCAGGAGAUGUUGGAAGGUUAUGUUCUUGUGAUUGUUCUGUUCAUGGUUGUUGCUUUGACAUGAUUUUUUUUAUUAUCUUACAGAACUUUUUGUUUGCAAAAUGUAUUUCCAUCUGAAAUGAAUUGAUGAAAAGUAUACCUAACUGUAAUAAUAGUUAUUUAUUAUACAAGGGAAAAAAGUAGUAGAUUUUAGCUCCAGGUUGUGUUGUCUCCCGACGCGUAGCGGAGGGAGACAAAAAACCGUGAGCUAAAAUCUAAUAUUUUUCCCGUGUAUAAUACACUAUUUUUUUCUGUGACAGAAGGAAGGACAAAUCAAUAUUGAGAAGAUAUUACAUUAUUUCGAAAUCUGAAAAUUAUCGACGUGAAAUUUCAAGUUUUUAACAGUAGGGACACCUGCGUUUUAUAGACAUCUUUAUCAUUCUUUUGAAGUAAUCAAAUAUCUGAUGUCACUUCUGUCAGUUCAAUUCUCUGAUUUGAUUUUAAAAAAUCGCGAAUUCAGUAGUUGUUUAGUAAUAUACGAAACCGCGAAGUCGAAUGGAAGAUAAAAGGACUUGCAGUUCUUUCUCGGAGACGGUAUUAUU